GAGCAAUAACCACUGAAAAUAUAAAGAUUUUUUAACCAGUGGUCUGUGCUGAUCAUUAUCGGUUUUAAUUUCUUGAAAUAUGAUUAUUUCAUGGAAAGACAACAUUUUUUUCUUAAAAUUGUUCAGGUUAUUUUCUUCCGAGAGUAAUUUAUUGCUUUAUAGAUAUGAUAAUGUUAAACCAAGCCUUGGUAAACACUUAAAACAGGUUUAUCGAUAUUGUUAGUUAGAUGUGGACUUUGGAUUAACAUUUCAUAUAUAAAUAUACAACUGUGCAAUGAAAUGGGAUGUUGUUUUGUUUUUGUCAACCGUAGUCGGGUGAACCUUUGCACAUAACUUAGCAAUAAUUGGAGGUGAUAAUUGUACAUAGACAGGAAUAAGUUAAGUAAAACUAGAGAACUGUGAUAAAGUGUUGCUGGAAAUUAUAUUGUUUAAAAUGACUCUGAAACAAAAUUGGUGAAUAGAUCAGUUCAGAUAAAAUAUCUACAAAAUGGCUUCUGGUAAACAAAUAGAUACAGAUAUUCUGUCAGAUGCAAUAUUUGAUGUAUUAUGUUCAAUGUGUAAAAAUAAAGGAAAAAACACUGAAGGUGAAAAAUUCUGUGUAGACUGUAAGGAUUAUUUUUGUAUAGCCUGUGUUCAAGUACAUGGUCAAGUGCCUCUGUGUGCUGAUCACAAGGUGUUGGAUAAAUCUCAAGUUAAGUCAGUAACCGGUAAAGGUCUGCCGAGGGCACCAACAGAGAGAUGUGACAGACACAGUCAUAAACAUAUUGAUAUGUACUGUCAGAACCAUGAUAAUGUUGGCUGUUCUACAUGCAUGGCAGUUGAUCACAGAUUAUGCAAGGACACUUUCUACAUACCAGCAUUUAUCCAAAAUAAUACUUACCAAGUAGCGUCUAGACAAAUUCAAACAAAACUCGAGGAAAUAGCCAAGACCCUUGCUAAACAAGCUGAUCGAUUUAAAAAGGAUAAACAAAGGCUGCUAAAGAGGAAAGCAGAAAUACUGGCUGAUAUUAGAAAAUUCCGACAAGAAAUCAAUGACCAUCUUGACAAGCUGGAGAAAAGUUCUAUUGAUGAGAUAGAAUAUAAAGUCAAAAGUCUUGAAGACAAGGUAGAAGAUGGUCUCAAACAGCUUCAAACCAACAAGUCCAGGAUUACAUCAGCUAAUGAUAAAUUAGCAUCUUCAAACACAAAUAAAGCUGAAGUGUUUGUACAUGUUAAGAUGGCAGAGGAUGCUGCAAAUGUUGCCAACAAAUAUUUAGAAGAUGCAAAAUUUAAAAGUAAUGUGGAACACAUAGAUUUUCAACCUGAUAGAACAAUUCUUACACAACUUAAGCAAAAGAAGACCCUAGGCAUACUAUCAGAAAAACCUACAAAGACUUCUGUUAAUUUAUUUCAGAUUAAAGGAAAUCAAUUAUAUAACGUAAAAGUUAAGUCUGAUAAAACAAAUUGUCAUAUUACCAGUGCCUGCUGUAUGGAAGAUGGUACAAUAAUUCUAGCUGAUUACAACAACAAGAAACUGAAACGGUUACACAGUCAUAACUAUACUGUCACAGACUAUUGUGAUCUACAUGGAGGACCAUUGCAAGUGUGUAUGAUCAAUAACACACAAGUAGCAGUAACUGUAAAAUCACAAAAAUCGGUUCAUUUCAUUUCUUUUAGUGGAAAAAUGAAAACAACAGACAAGAUUAAAACUGAUUUUGAAUGUCAUGGUCUUGCAUAUGCAAACAAUAAUUUAUAUAUUUCAGACGAUAAGACAUCAGUAUAUAUGUAUACAUUGUCUGGUAGGAAGCUUAAACAGUUCAGUAAGGAUCAAUCAGGACAUACCCUGUUCUCUGACAUACGCAGACUAGCUGUUAGUAAAGAUGCUACUAGGAUUUAUGUUGCUGACUAUGAUAAUGGACUGAUAGUACUUGACAACAAUGGUCAGGUUAUUACAUCAUUUAAUGAUAUACAAUUAGAGGGGGCUAACUGUUGCUAUCUCAGUGAAGCAGGCACUGUGCUGGUAUCUGGAAAAGUCUCCAAUAACGUUUUACAGUUUACAUCUGAUGGUGAGCUGAUAGGAGAGAUUAUAAAAGCUGAUAGUCGAAAAAGGCAAAUAAGAUCAGUCUGUAGUAAUCAACAAAUGACUAAGAUGUAUAUAAGCAGAUAUGGAUCUGACAACAUUGAAGUGUAUGAUAUCUGAUCUUUUAAGUAAAUAAAUGAAGCACUAUCAAUAAAAAUAAUAUUUAAAGAAUAUCCUGAUUUAUAUGUAAAAUUCAAUAUUUAAACAUAAAAUGUAAGAAGAAAAACAUAGUAACUUAAAUAAUUUGAUUGUGACAAGUUUAUACAUGUUCAAUAUGUUAUGAUACUACUUAAGUUUAAUUCAUUGUAAAUAGUCAUGAAUUAUUUUGUAGAAAUUUAUUUGAUUUAUCAUAUACAUUCUAUUCUUGCAUUAUGAUUUAUAUCAAGAUUUAUAAUUUUUUUUAAAUUGUAUGUUGUGUAAAUGAGACUGUCUUUAUGAGUGAAAUAAA